UUUAUCCUUAUGCAUCCCAAACCCAUCAGCACCUUCUCUCCCUCAGCAGCCAUGGCAGCCAUCUCUGGAUUCUUCUCCCACCUCUACACCAUCACCUUAGUCUUGUUCACCAUCAUGAUUUUGGAGCUCGUGAUGCUGGUCCAGUCAGUCACCGGGUUCCACUCCAGGAAACCUAAGAUCAACAGUACCCAGUACCUUAAAUUCAUCGAGGAGAAGAACCCCACAAUUCGUUACUCCAAAAGAUCGAAGCUUGAACCGAAUGAAUGCAUCGUGUGUUUGUCGGAGAUUGAGGAAGGGGAAAAAGUGAGGAGAUUGAAAUGCAACCAUACUUUCCAUAGGGAUUGCCUGGACGAAUGGCUGCAACAGUUUUGGGCCACUUGCCCUCUCUGCAGGACUAAGGUUUUGCCCGAUGAGAUUGUGGCUAAUUUUCGCAGCCAAAAUGAGGUAUAUGAUGGGAGUGAUGAGGAUAUUAUGCACAUGUUAACUGCAUUGCAUAGCAAUAGUAUACAUAGAUUUUUCUGAUUUGUUUCUGGGGUUACUUACUAAUUGUAUACUGAAUUUAUUUUUCUGGGCUGUUGCAAACAUGAAUACUUGUUGAACAUAUAUAUAAGUACAAGAGUUUUGUAUAAUUUCCUUGUUUUCUAGGGUGAAUUGUGAUGUAGCUUUUAGUUAUCCUAUGCGUAUCUGUCUGUAUUGAAUUUCGUUUAGAAAAAAAAAAAUGAAGCAAUUUGGUCUGGGUUCUAGUCUAGUUCAUGCCUAAUUGUGCAGUCAUAGAGUUUGCUCAUGUGGAAAGAUGUCAGUGAGAAUGGAUUUGAUCAACAUUUUUGGCUUCAGCUUUUGGGUUUCUAUUAGCAGUCUGAUACAAGGUCUACCACUUGAUCUUUAGAUGUUAAACUUUAAACAACAUGUGUAGGUACCAGGUAUUGUAUCUUGCAUCUCUCCACUGGAAAGUUAGACGACAAAGGGAUAUUAGUGACAAUAUGGUUCCGUUCCUAUUCUUUUCAAUGUUGUAUGAAGUGGCUAUUUAUGAUGGCGACUGCGUUUGGGGCAAUUGGGGUGAUUGUGAUAUGUGAGUGAUCAUGUUUAAUGUUAGGGACAGCUGGUGGUUGAAUUAUUUUGAUUCCCAACCACAAUCAUAAAGCAAUGAUUAAUUU